UAACUUGCGCGUGAGACUUCUUCAGCUCCUGAACGCGGUUUAUUUCCCAUCGUUUGAACUGUGAUUACGGCAGAAACGUCUGCUUUACGGCCUCUUUGUUGUUGUUGUUGUUGUUGUUGUUGUUGUUGUUGUUGUUGUUGUUGGAGACCGGAUGGAUUCUACCUGACCAUGUUGGAGGAGGACUUGCGCGGCAAACACGGGAAGGAACCGUUCUGCAGUCAGUACCGCUUUGGUUCUCUGCUGGGCAGCGGUGGUUUUGGUUCUGUGUUCUCCGGCCAGAGGCUUUCUGACGGACUGCAGGUCGCCAUUAAGCAGAUUUCCAGAGACCGAGUUCAGCAGUGGACCAAACUGCCCGGUGAGGUCAGCCCUGUUCCCAUGGAGAUCGCUCUGCUGCAGAGGCUAUCGGAGGUCGGAGGUCACGGGGGGGUCAGAGGUCACAAGGGGGUCGUCCAUAUGCUGGACUGGUUCGAGGUGGAGGGGCGGGGCUUCCUGCUGGUGCUGGAGCGCCCGCCGCUGUACCAGGAUCUGUUUGACUUCAUCACGGAGAGAGGAGCGCUGCCGGAACGCCUCGCACACAGGUUCUUCCGUCAGGUGGUGGAGGCUCUGCGGUUCCUUCACGCUCACGGCGUGGUGCACAGAGACAUAAAGGACGAGAACAUCGUGGUGGACACGAGGACGCUGGAGGUCACGGUGGUGGACUUUGGAUCCGGAGCUCCUCUUAAAGAGACGGCGUACAGCGAGUUUGAAGGUACCCGGGUCUACAGCCCCCCCGAGUGGAUCGAGUCUCAGUCCUACGAGGCCGUCUCUCUCACCGUCUGGUCUCUGGGCGUCCUGCUCUUCGACAUGGUGUGCGGCGACAUCCCGUUCGAGCGCGACCAGGAGAUCGUCAGGGCCACGCCCACUUUUACCAGACGGGUCUCUAAAGAAUGCCAGUCUCUGAUUCGCUGGUGUCUCUCGUACCGCCCUGAGGAGCGACCGACUCUGGAGGAGAUCCUGUCUCACCCCUGGAUGGAGGGAGGAAAGGAGGAGGAGGAGGAGGAGGAGGAGGAGGAGGAAGGAGGCCUGCAGGAGGACCACAGCAGUCUGCCCAACCAGUCCCUGUAACAUACAAGGCUCUGGACAGAUGAUCACAGUGCACGCAACCCUGAACAUAAAAGGCUCUGGACAGAUGAUCACAGUGCACGCAACCCUGAACAUACAAGGCUCCGGACAGAUGAUCACAGUGCACGCAACCCUGAACAUAAAAGGCUCUGGACAGAUGAUCACAGUGCACGCAACCCUGAACAUACAAGGCUCCGGACAGAUGAUCACAGUGCACGCAACCCUGAACAUAAAAGGCUCUGGACAGAUGACCACAGUGCACGCAACCCUGAACAUAAAAGGCUCUGGACAGAUGAUCACAGUGCACGCAACCCUGAACAUAAAAGGCUCUGGACAGAUGAUCACAGUGCACGCAACCCUGAACAUAAAAGGCUCUGGACAGAUGAUCACAGUGCACGCAACCCUGAACAUAAAAGGCUCUGGACAGAUGAUCACAGUGCACGCAACCCUGAACAUAAAAGGCUCUGGGCAGAUGACCACAGUGCACGCAACCCUGAACAUAAAAGGCUCUGGACAGAUGACCACAGUGCACGCAACCCUGAACAUAAAAGGCUCUGGACAGAUGAUCACAGUGCACGCAACCCUGAACAUAAAAGGCUCUGGGCAGAUGACCACAGUGCACGCAACCCUGAACA